CACACACACACACACGCGCGCGCGCUUCUGCACCGAGUUCACUGCGCAUUUUCACGCAGGGACAUUAGAGAUGACUGCGGAUGGCAUUGCCGGUCUGGAGCGGUUCGAGAGCCCCGGGAAAGGCAGGGGGCUGCGCGUGCACAGAGCCUACCGGGUGGGCGAGCUGAUCUUCGCGUGCCCCGCGUACUCACACGUGCUGUCUGUGAGCGAGCGCGGCUACACGUGCGAGCACUGCUUCGCGAGGAAAGAGGGUCUUUCUAAAUGUGGAAAAUGCAAGAAAGCGUUUUACUGCAACGUGGAAUGUCAGAAAAGCGACUGGGCGAUGCACAAGCUGGAAUGCUCAGCGAUGUGUUCGUUCGGGGAGAGCUGGUGUCCUUCAGAGACGGUCCGGCUGGUGGCUCGGGUAAUAACCCGCAUGAAAGUUCUGAAAGAGAGAAGUGCAUCAGAAAAACUGCUCCUGUUAAAGGAUCUGGAAGCCAACCUGGAUCAGUUGGACAACGAGAAAAGGGAGAUGAAUGAGGCAGACAUAGCUGAACUGCAUCACUUCUACUCCAAACAUCUGGACUUCCCUGAUCACCAUGCACUGCUUACACUGUUUGCUCAGGUGCACUGUAAUGGCUUCACAGUAGAGGACGAGGAGCUUUCCCAUGUAGGAUCCGCGGUCUUCCCAGAUGUUGCGCUGAUAAAUCACAGUUGCUGCCCCAACGUCAUCGUCACCUACAGAGGAACUACAGCAGAGGUGCGAGCUGUGAUGGAUAUCAGCACUGGAGAGGAGAUAUUCACCAGCUAUAUCGACUUGCUCUACCCGACAGAAGACAGAAUGGAGAGGCUCAGAGAUUCAUACUACUUUACCUGCGACUGCAAAGAGUGCAAAAGCAAAUCCAAGGACAAAGUAAAACUGAAACUGAGGAAGGUUGACGGUGAUGAACCACGCUCAGAGGAGAUCAGGGAAAUGCUUCGCUACGCGCGAAACGCUAUCGAGGACUUCCGCAGAGCCAAGCAGGAGAAAACCCCUGCAGAGCUGCUGGAGAUAUGCGAGCACAGCAUGGACAAAAUGGGCUCCUUGUUUGAGGACUCCAACGUCUACAUGCUGCACAUGAUGUACCAGGCCAUGGGAGUGUGCAUGUACAUGGAGGACUAUGACGGAGCCGUGAACUACGGAGAGAAAGUCAUAAAGCCGUUCAGGCAGCUGUAUCCAGCCUACUCCCUGAACGUCGCCUCGAUGUAUCUGAAGCUGGGGAGACUCUACGUGGCUCUGGACCGAGCGUCUGCAGGGUCGACUGCCCUCAAAAAGGCUUUGGCCAUUAUGGAGGUUGUUCAUGGAAAGGACCACGUCUACGUAAAGGAACUGCAAAAGGAGAUCAAAACGCACCAAAAAUAAACACACCCAUUAAAAAUAAUGUACUCAGCAGUGUGACUCAAAGAGCUGUUUUUUUUUUUUUUUUUUCUAAAACAGGACAUUUCAUUUUGAUUCUUGGAGACUUGAAGUUCAUUUUCCAAGGUUCUCAACUUGCAACUAGAUUAUUGUUAGUCUUAAGUAAAAGAGUAGCUCUUUCAAUAAUAUUUACAUUGGUAAGUGGUUUUUUUUUUGUUGUAUUUAUUUAUUUUAUUUAACCUGUGACUGCCUUUCUCCUAGCUAACUGAGUUAGCAUAAACGUUAGCGCUGUAUAUUUGGUCAAAUCAGACUGAUUUCUGAAUCACUGACGGACUUUGGAAGGCAAACGCAGCAUGACACACGAACCCUACUGCCCUUCCUGGUCAAGAUUUUAAUAAGCUCUCGCAGGUAAGGCCGCAGAGAUUUGGCUGUUUUAAUGCUAAUGCUAAUGCUAAUUGUGGGUCCCAAAAACCUCCAUGAUCAGUAGCAGCUCACGCCAGUUAUACACUAUGCAAUCUGAUAUGACAUUAAACAGGCGAAUUGCCAUCAGGCAAACUAUUGUUACAACAUUUAUAAUGAACACCCUUUCUAAAUAACUUGAUUUAAAAAAAAAACAACUCCUGAGAAAAAAUAAAAAUGAUUAAACUACUCAGAUUUUGGUGAUGAGAGAAUUUGUAAUCAUGUACUUCACAGGUCCUAACAAACCAUUUGUUCCUGGACCAUUUAUUUUAAGCAGAGGUUGUAAAAACUUUCCAAGAGUCAGGAUCAAUGUUAAUGAAAGCGUUUUUUAGUGACAGCAUUUGCAAUACAAGAGCAUGAAUUUUCCCGCAGUUACUAUGACAUUUGAAAUGAACAUUUCCUUCAUUUUAUUCAAAUUUGGUUUGUCACAAAUAAAUCCAUCCAUACCUUCACACAUUUCAUUCCUACUUGCAAUUCCUAUGUUUUAUGUCAUAAUUUAAGAAAAACCUAUAAUUGAAACCCAAGUACUGUAUGGUUUCAUUUUAUCCAGUCAUAUUCAAUUCUAUUCUAUUCAAUUUUAUUUGUAUAGCGCUUUUAGCAACUUUCAUUGCCGCAAAGCAGCUUUACACAAUCAAAAGAAUUAUUUAAGUUUGUAUGACAUGUGAAUUUGUAUGAAACAAAAUGGUCAGUUUGUCAUAUUCAACCUCUUAAAAACAAUGUAAAACAUUAAAUCGAAAAUUUAAUUAAAUUAAAAGCUUGGAACUAGUAGAAAUUGUUAAUUUUUUCUUUUUUUGUCUCUGGUAAGUUUACAUAGUUAGAUCUGAAUUGUUUUGCUAAUCUGCCAGCAAAGAUCGUACAAAUCCGAGCAUGUAAAAUCAAACAACCAGUUUUUGCAUAAGUUAGUGUCUUAGUACAUUUGUCUUUAACUAGUUAUACUUAAAUGCUAACAGUCAUAAAAGUUAUAAUAAAAUAUAUAUGUAUAUAUUCAUGCCAACUUAAUUUUCACUGUCUUAAUUUUCACCGUCUUGUGCAGUAUUUCAUGUCUCAAGAGUUCAUCCUGCUGAUGUACAGUACUUCUGAUUAUUUUAUUUAUUCACACUAUCAAUAAAAAAACUGACUUUUUCUAUGAGUGAUUGAUUAUAUGAUAAGAAUUCCUCAUACUCUAAAUGCUAAUAAUUAUUUGCUAUGGAAUGAGGCUAAAUUGCUGUUAUCGGAUGUCUUUUUAAUUGUUAUAUGUGAAAAUAGUGAGAAUAGUUUUACUGUUGUGAUUAAAGAAUUAAGUUUUUAUUUC